AUGUUUCACCGAUUCGCUGUCUCGGGUCUCACUGGCAUCUUUGGCCAGGUCUCCGGCAACGGUGAUACGACCGGCAAUGUUGCUAAGCUGAGCGACAGGCUGAUCACCUACUACUUCGCCAAAGUCCUCCGCAUCAUUGGCGUAACCUCCAACCGCACAAUACAACGAAUCAUCCUCUCACACAAUUGCUGGGCCCUCAUCAACUCUGUUCCUCUCUCGCUGAUCGCUCCCCGGUAUCCCCGGCGACACAUGUUUGUUCUCGGCGCCCUCGGUAUGGCAGCCUGCUUCACAGCAUGGACUAUCGCCUCCGCACGCUAUGCAAUCACAGGCUCGGAAGCAGCAGCAGCCACAAGCAUCGCUUUCAUAUUCUUGUACAAUCCAUUCCUGAAUGUCGGCCUCAACUCCCUCGCAUACACCUACAUCGUCGAGCUCUUCCCCUUCACGCAGCGCUCGCAAGGUCUCGCCUUCAAGCAGCUCGUCGGGCGUCUCGGAAACUUCUUCAACGCGUACGUCAAUCCUAUCGCAAUAGAUGCUAUCGGCUGGAAAUAUUACAUUCUGUACUGUGUUUGGCUGCUUGUCGAGGCGUGGAUUGUGUGGGUGUGCUUUCCGGAGACGCAUGGAAGGACGCUGGAGGAUUUGAGCUUUAUGUUAGAGGCAAAGGGGAGUGAGAUUGAUGGGGAUGAGGAGGACGGGAAUGGGGGAGAGGGAAGGUGGGAGAGGGGACAUCGUUGUGGGGAGAUCUUGAGAGUUUGUGUUUCUGCGAGUGCGGCGUCACCACUAAGGUGA